AUACACUUGAACUAUAAGUUAAUUGUCCUGGCCGGGGUAGAAGGAAGAGUAUAGUUGUUUUACAAACCUAGAAUCAUGAACAUCGCCCUUCUACUUAUCUUUCUGCCAGGCCUGAUGGCUGAAUCUGAUGUUUGCUGUCCCAGAAAGACACUUACUGGGAAGGGACCAGAAUGGGAUGGAGUCUACACCUUGAAGGAAGAAGGAAAUACUCCAUACAUGGCAGAAUGCAAAGAUAAUUGCUUGUACUACAGAGGAGACGAUGAGGAGGAUGUUUACUGCUUUAAAUCUGUUACAAGGGAAAUCCUUGGGUCAGGACUCCUUCAGUGUCAGGCUACUACAGUUGCCCCCUCAGGAUCCAUACCACCUACAGAUACAAUUGGUAACACAACCAUACAGAAUCCAACUCCUUUAGAUUCAACAAACCAAACAUCACUGGCAUUGGAAACUACUCUACAAACAUUAGAACCAUUGGACACCACUGUUCAAACAAUUAAUCCAUUGGACACCACUGUUCAAACAAUUAAUCCAUUGGAUACCACUGUUCAAACAAUUAAUCCAUUGGACACAACUGUUCAAUCCCUUGUACCAAUGGAUUCAACCGUUCAAACAGUUAAUCCCCUUGAAUCAACUGUUCAAACUCCUGUUCCUAUAAAAUCAACUGUUCAAACUCCUGAUCCCUUGGAUUCAACUGUUCAAACUCCUGUUCCUAUGGAUUCUACCGUUCAAAAUCCUGCUCCUAUAGAAUCAACUAUUCAAACUCCUGUUCCUAUAGAAUCAACUGUUCAAACUCCUGAUCCCUUGGAUUCAACUGUUCAAACUCCUGUUCCUAUGGAUUCUACCGUUCAAACUCCUGCUCCUAUAGAAUCAACUGUUCAAACUCCUGUUUCACUGGAUAUGACUGUUCAAAUCUCUGUUCCUUUAAAUAUGAAAUGGAUGGAACCUGUUUCUCUAAAUAUAACCAAGCAAAAGGUUGUAGCGAUGGAUUUAGCCAUGUUAAGCUCAGUUAUCACCACCUCUAUGAUGUAGAUUCUAAACAUAUUAAAAUUAAAAUAACAUUUGUCAAAAAUUAGAAAAAUCUGGACAGAAAUAAAUGAUAUCAUAAUUUGUAAUA